AUGCCUACCUCGGAGGAUUCCGAAAUCGACCUCUCCACCCUCAGCAAAGAAGAGCUGCAACAAGAAGUUCAACGAAGGGUGGACGCCCAACUUGCGAAGGAGAGAGCAGAAAUCGCCCCACUGCCAGCAGAACAGCAGUCACCUACCAUCGGCGAGCAGUCGCUACGUCCCACACCAGCCGACAUACCGCCCACCGGCAACCAGCCUUCACCCUCCAGCCAGGGAUCCCAAUCAUUCAACAAUCCCACCAACGUCGCCAACAUCGUGGCGCAAGCGGUCAAGGCGACAGCCGAGGCCAUGUCUGGACAUCAGGGCUUUGCCCACACAGGCACGUUUCGUGUCAACCCCGGCUCUGACAUAGACCCUUGGCUUGGAAGUGUGAAGAAAGAGCAGGAUUUGUAUAUUAUGUUUGAUGUUUUUCGCAGUAAGAUGGUGUCGUAUUUUCAGGAAGAGGGUGUAUAUGAUGUAUUAGGGAUCACUGAUGUCAAGGUUGGCAAGAGGGGUGUGGAUCUAGCAGAGCUAAGGGGCAUCUUCGGGACUGAUGUGGUGGACAAGUCGUUGAAGUUGUGGAAUAUUAUCAUCAGCAAGAUUCUAUACCCUCCGAUCCAGAACUUGAUCAUGGCAUGUGAGAGUCCCCAGCAGGGGUGGAAGAUCGUCACGAAUUUCUACCAAGAGAAGAAGGAGUCUGAGAAGACUAGGCUUGAGCAAGAGUGGUUGGCGUUAGAAAUGCGUGAGUCGGAGAACCCACAGGAUUACAUAGCAAGGUCGGAAGCUCUUCGAUUACGUCUUGCCUCAGUAGGAACUAUCAAAGACACAACACAUGCUUACAAGGACGUUGUGCGCGGCCUUCCCCCAUCGUAUGCCGUGCAAAAAGGAAUAUUGCUAGCAAGCGAUGUCGUGACUUUGCAUGCCCUUGAGACUGUGGUGAGGGACGCCCACAUGGAGAUGGAGCGCGAGAGGAGCAAGGAGCAGAGGCGAGAGGCGGAGCUCGCCCUCGUCGCGUCCGGUGCGAGCCGGAGCGGCGGGGGCAAUGGGGGGGCAUCCGGGGGACAAGGAGUAGUCGACGGUCAAGACCGUGAAAUCCGUGAUGGCGAGAGAAACCGUGACGUGUUCGUCGAAGAUCCCACCGGUUUUUGCCGCUACCACCAGUCCGAACUACACACGAACGGGCAAUGCCGUUACCAGCAGCAUCUGCGGCGGACUCGCACGAGAGCAGCCGCCGAGGAUCGCCACGGAGGUGGCGGCGGAGGCCGUGGCGGCGGCUGGAGCCAGCGAGGAGGAAGACCGCCGUCGGGAGCCGGCCGGGGUGGCGGGCGUUGGGCGUACGUUGUGUACUACGCCCACGAUGAUGGUGGCUACUAUGAAGACUAUGGCGACUACGACGACGGCUACUACUACGACGGCGGCUACCACGACGCCGGGUACGCCCACUACGCCGGCGGUGGAGACAGCUACAGCUACCCCUCAGGGCAGUAUGUCAUUGUAGGAGAUGGUCGUCUGCUGAAGGUGAAAGCAAUCGGUAGCAUCAACCUCAGCUUUUUCCAGGAAGGGCUCAUCUCGAUGCUGGACAAGAACACUCUGGUAUCGAUGCUGGAGGCCCAGAGCGCGGUGGAGGAGGAGCGCAGGGAGCCGGGGGGAGCGGGGANAGAGUACAUUGACUUUGGAGAGUUGUACGCGCCUACCGUUUCUGUUUCGUGUGUCAGGAUGUUGGCAGCGUUGGCGUGCGAGUUGAACCUCGACCUGUGUCAUUUCGAUAUUGAGCAAGCUUUUGGGCGUUCGGAGUUGGAAGAAGACGGAUACAUGCGAUUGCCGCAGGGAUGUGGAGCUCUAUCUGGAAUGAUUGUAAAACUAGGCAAGAGUCUGUAUGGCUUGAGACAGGCAUCUAGGCUGUGGCAUGCAAUGCUGAAGAGGUGUUUGGUUGCGUUGGGAUUUGAGCAGUGCAUGGCCGAUGCUUGUGUGCUGACGAUUUCUCAGCAGACUUUCACGGAUGAGCUAGCAGCAGAGUAUGGAGUAGCAGGGGGUAAGAGCGUUCCCAUGUCUUCGGGGGUCAAGCUUUCUGACUUUGAUGCGGAUGAAGAGGCGACAGAUUUUCCGCUUCGUGAGCUAGGGUACGCUGAUGCGAACUUUGCGAGCAAGGCAGCAGACCGUAGGAGGUCGGUAUCAGAGGGGAUAGUAACAUGCGGAGGAGGCGUUGUGUCUUGGUUUUCCAGAACGCAGAAAUGCGUUACGCUUUCGACAACAGAAGCAGAGUAUGUCGCGCUUGGCGAUGUAGUGAAGGAGAUUUUGUUUUUGAGGCAGGUUUGGCGAUUUAUGUUGCCGAAGGUCAGCAUGCCGUGCAUCCCAGUCUUUGAGGACAACCAGGGGGCGAUUCAACUAGCGCAGAACCCCAUCUCGAACUCGAACUCGAAGCACAUUGAUGUAAGGCACCAUUUUCUCAGGGAACUGGUAGAGAGGAAGGAGAUUUCGGUGAUUCACGUGCCGUCUCCGUACCAGCGUGCAGACUUUCUUACGAAAAGUUUUCCCAAGGAUGCGUUCGAGUCUCACCGUGAUUUUGUGAUGAAUUUGGUAUGA